AUGGAUACUUUUCAGGUUAUUCUUUUAUGCCAUCCUGGUCUUUCGAUGGUUCAUCAGAAAGCCUUUGGUCUACUGGCUGAUGGUUCAGUGGAUGAGAGCAUGGAUGCAGCAUCGCUUAAGCGUGUUCUAAGCUUUGUCGUU